GACAUGUGAACCAAUCAAAAGCGUCGUGAAUGAGCUCAGUUGUCAAUCACUCUCAGUGUUUUUCGGAACCAAAACAAGCACGCUUCCCGUCGAGCCACUUUUGGCCUUAAAUCGCCAAUAUGGACAAUUUAAGGGAGCAAGUUAUGAUCAACCAGUUUGUUCUUGCAGCCGGAUGUCACGCUGAACAGGCAAAACAGUUGUUACAGGCAGCAAACUGGCAGUUUCAGACUGCUCUCAGUAUGUUUUUUCAAGAGGCAGCCAUCCCAAGUUGUCGAACUCACACGAACGGGCACUACCCGCUGUGUACACCUGCUAAUACUCCUGCCACACCGCCAAAUUUUCCAGAGGCACUUGCAGCGCUUUCUAAAUGGUCUUGCGGUGCAGAGAAAAUGACGGCAACAUCACCAGUAAAUUCGAACUUUGCCAAUUACUAUGCAAGCUCUCCUGCACAACAAUCACCUCAGUCACAGCCACCUAAGGUGGAACUGGAAGCACAAAGAUAAAUUCUGAUUUCUGAUUUUCACAGAAAGCACACUUAAUCACGAAAGAAAUAAGUGUUGCAAACAUUUGAGUGGAGAAAGGGAAAAUCUUAUUGUCUCUCAAGAACAGGUGAAGCGCUUGGAACAUAACAAUGAAUGAGCAAGGUCAGACUCUUCGAAAUCAAGGAGUUCUAUGUUAGAAUUUCUGUUAUUGAUGGAGGCAGGGAAAAGACUAAAUAAUUUCAUCUAUAAAACAUUUGAUGACAGGCAAUUUAAUAUUGAGGAGAAGUUGAACAGCCUGAGACUUUUUAAUUUAAUUAAUAUGGUAAAGAUAUAAUUUGUAUGGGUAUCUAUAUCAUUCAUGUAGAUAUGAUGUAUGUCUAGCAUCAUUUUGACAGUUCUUCAGUUAUGUUCAUAUUCACAUUAUAUUAAUCCACGUUUCACAGGUUUAUAGAAAAAGUGGAAAAAGUUCAAAAAAUUUAUUUGUAUCAGUGUUUUACAGGUUUAUAGAAAAAGAAACUAAAAAGGGAAAAGAUAUAUUGACUAAUUGGAGACACAUGAGACAGUGUAUACUAAUGAUCUGGUGCUUUUAUUAUAUUAGUUGAAAAAUUUGGUGUGUCUUUAGGACUACUAAAAUAAUUUUAAACAGUGCCUGGAGUUGGGAACACUCCAUUGAAGAGCAAAAGUGAACUUUGGGUUUCACACUGAUUAUGACACGUUUCUUUCAGUCAGUCACAGAUGCACUGGGUUAUGUGCUGUAUAAUCUUUUGUAUAUAUAUAUAAAUAUUCUGUUAUCUCUUCUGAUAUGUGAGAGUUGUAGUGCACCCCGUGUCUCAGUGCAUUCACUCAGGUAUAGCUUGGGCAGGGAAAGAAGGGGACAUAGUAGUUGUGGACUGGUCAAUCUCAUGAUAAAAUUUCAUGUGAAAUUUGUAUUCUUAUCAUGUAUUUAGGUCACUUAACAGUAUAAUGUAAAAGACCAAUGGUAAUUAGUGUACUUUGAAUGUUAAAUGAUGAGGUGUGACGGUAAUUUCUGUAUUUUAUGCAUAUUGUGUUAAGAAAGCGGUGGGUGAGCAAAAACUGGCAAGAAACUAAUGGAGUGAAUAUAGAUGUCUAUUCUUUAUAGAUGUGAGGAUCUCAGCAGUUUCAGGGUUUUGUUUUAUUUGCUGGCACAUAUGGUUGUUGCUCCAGUUGGCACGCAGCCUUUAGUUUGCUGUUUGUAUCAGGGAGCAUGGUGUUUACAUCACGGAUUAGUGCACACUCAAUCAAAGUCCAUUUCAUACAACUUUGUAAAUUGCGUUGUACCUGUACAUUGUGUACAAACUUGAAAUACAUUUUAUAACAGAU